CGACUUGACAUUUUCUCGAAACACGCAGACAAAAAUAGAGACAGAGACGGACAUAUACUCUCUUGGGUCUCAGAUUCCACGGUCUAAAGUCGACGUCGAUCAGCAUCUCACUAUCUCCCACCAUUUGAACCAUCCAUCUUGAAAUCCCUCGUUCCUGACCCCGGUCCCUAUAUCCGUCCACACCUCCGUCCACAUAACCACCAUGUCUGCCAAAGUCGCCCUGGUCACAGCAUCAAGCGCAGGUCUCGGUGCCGCCACUGUCAAAGCCCUUGCUGCCAACUUCCGCGUCGUAGUCAAUUACCAUUCCCGACUAGAAAAGGCCGAAGAAGUGAUCAAAGAAGCCUCCGCUAUUCCUCCUUUAUACGAAAUUUCCUCCUCCCAACCACGCUUCCACGCCAUCAAAGCAGAUGUCCAGCAACGCUCCGAAAUCCAACGUCUUGUCGCUGAAACUGUCGAGAAAUUCGGCCGCCUGGACGUCGUAGUCAGCAACUCUGGCUGGACUCGACUCACCAAUUUCUUCGACAUUGACCAGCAAGUCAACGAGGAUGAUUGGGACAGAUGCUUCAACGUCAAUGUUAAAAGCCAUCUCUGGCUCUACUAUGCCGCAAUGCCACACCUCGAGAAAUCAGAAGGCGGCGGUGCCUUUAUUACCGUGGCCAGUUUGGCUGGUGUCAGACCUAGUGGCAGCUCUUUACCUUAUGCCGUGACAAAAGCCGCCGAAAUCCACUUGACCAAGGGCCUCGCCAUGAUCAGUGGCCCGAAAGUCAGAUGCAACAGUGUCAGCCCUGGAUUGAUGAUGACAGAAUGGGGUAAUAAAUUCCCGGAAUCAAAAGUCAAGGCAACCACCGAGAAAGCUGCUCUGAAACGAACCGCAGAGCCUGACGAUGUUGCCGAUCAGAUCAAGACUCUAGCAUUAAGCAAGUCAAUAACCGGUCAAAAUGUUGUCAUGGAUUGUGGCAUCGCUAUUUAAACACCAGACACACGUUCAGAAUCAAUACCACUUUUUGUGUUGGGUCGGCUUGCUACAUCUUCCUGUUGCCAUAUAGACCUAUAGAUUUGGUAUAUCUUUCGCAUCCCAAUCGCAGCGCCUACAGACAUCCAUGAAGUCAGGGGAACUGGAAACACCGAAGUCUGAAUCGAUUGGCACGAUAGUAUUUGACGAGAACAUUGUACAUAUAGAGUACAUGACUGCUGCUCCGGGAAGCAACUCAUGAUUUCGUGACACCAAUUCGCCAAAAGGGGUAUCUUACGAAUUAGCUCGUUGAAUUCAUGAACCAUCCAUUAUAACGUCC